UGUUGGAUAUGCGUAAUUUUUAUUAUAAUGUUCCGAUUUGGUGUGUUAUUACUGUUGGUGGUUGCGGCGGCGGCGGUGCCGCCUCUGUCGAGGUCCCGAGAUGAGAUAGAGGCGUUUAGGAGCUUUCUGGAAAGCGGGAAGACUGACUCCGGAUACCGAAUCCAAGACCGCCAAGCGGCGAACCCCAACGCGAAAGUAUGGGAGAACAGCGGCAAAUACCAGGGCGACAUACUUCUCGACGAGUUUCAAGUCCAGGGCUUGUUGGAGGACUUCGCGACCGGCAGGAACGCGUACGUCUGGCCGAAUACCAAGUGGCUGAAUAAUGUGGUGGUCUAUGAGUUCGCGCAGGGACACUUCACCCAGGCCGCACAAAACGCCAUAUUGAACGGCAUGGCGGCGAUAGAGAGAAACAGUUGCAUCCGCUUCAGGCUUAGAAACAAUAACGACAGAAACUACGUCCGUAUUACCAACUUCAAUGACGGCUGUUACGCGCACGUCGGCUACUGGUCCACUCGUGGCGUCCACACCCUGAAUCUCACCUGGCCUAGCUGUUCCCUCCACACUACUAUUGUCCACGAGUGGCUUCACAUCCUCGGCUUCGUCCACAUGCAGUCUACACACAACAGAGACGACUACGUCAGGAUCAUGUGGGAGAACAUCUGGCCUGGCACGGAGCACAACUUCGACAAGUACGCCACGAACAUAGUCAACAACAUGGGCUUGCCCUAUGAAUAUGCGAGCUCCAUGCACUACGAUGGCUACGGAUUCAGCAUCAACGGACGCCCCACCAUGGUAGCUUUAUAUGACAGGCAAGGAGUGAUGGGCCAGCAAGACUACGUAACCUACUGGGACUACCUGCGCGUGAGACGCCACUACAACUGUCCCGGGGCGUGGAGCGAGGAAGUACAAGCCGACCAGCCCCCGCCGGCGCCAGAGACUCCAGACACUCAGGAGGAUCAACAGAGUGCGAUGUUAACAAACGUUUUGAAGGAAAAUAGUGGUGGCAGGCGAAUGAUGAUAUUGAUUGCUGUAUAUUAGGGAACAUAGGGCACAAGCCCCCCCCCCCCUCCCUCCUCCCACCACCCCGGGUGACCAAGCGUAGUAUAUGCCAAGACCCCCCCCCCUGUAGUUUUCACGUAGUAAUUAUUAAUAAAGUUUUAAAUCAAUUUUUGCAGAAAGUUGUUAUAAAAUUUAAUAUUUGAUUUUAAUUGACGCGUGUUUGUCAUCUUUUUUCGGCCUUUUAAACAAUAAUUUUCAUCUCAUCACCUUCACCAUCAUCACCAGCCUAUAUAUGCGUCCCACUGCUGGCCUGGCCACGGCUGGGCCAAUAUUCCACUGGUUACGUGAAGAGAAAUUAGACCCCCCCCCCUGCCCCUCUGUGACCAAGCGUAGUAUUUUGACGACUCCCCUCCCCCCUAAACGUGUCAGUUCUCACGUAUUUGAACAAGUGAGAGCAUCUAUUUGGGUUUUUGAUUGGGUCGGGUCGCAGUGUACCUACUUACAAUAGAGAAAUGGCCUUUUUUGAAUGAAAAGAAAUAUUAUUUUUAGGGUUUUUAAAGACUAUGCGUUACCUACGGAUAUGUUUGAAGCCGGUGCGCAAAAUUUGAGUGAAAGAUGUUAAGAAUAGGGGCAAUAUUACUUACAUACAAAUUUGCCCUAUCGUUCUUUUGUGGAGUAUGUAAAAGAGUGAUAGAGAGGUAUAAAAGAGGAACAUGUUGCGCCGACCGCGAAUGAGGCAAGCAAAUGAUAAAGAUCGGUAUGGACCUUUUGGAAAACAUAAUUACAUUAAUUACUUAUCAAAACAAAUUAUGCCUAUGAUAAUAAGUAGGUAUAUAUACUCUAUCCUUAGUUUGUAAUCAUUUGAAGUUAUCUAUAAUGUAUAACCCGAUUGUAUUGUUAUUUAAUUACGAUAAAUCAAACUUAAUGAUUCCAGAUAAAUUUCACGUGACUAAACUACA